AUGAACACCAUAUUCUAUUACCUUCGGAAAAAAGGUAAGUAUUCUUCCGCUGUGACGUUGAAUUUCGCAACUACUGAUUGUCUUUUUGAUGAUUCCAUCCAAGCAUUGUACCACAAAUUUAACAAGGCCAAGUCAAUGAAGACUAAGAUGUCACACAUUCACGCUGCCCACCCAAUUGCGCAUUACAUCCGAGGUAUGCGCAUUCCCUGUUCCAAGCCUUGGUAUGAAGCCGAUCACGUGCUUUUCAUCAUCAAUUUAAGAAGGGAAAGUCAUUGGGUUUUUGGGCGUCAUGACGUGAACGAAGGGACGUUGUUUUUGUACAAUUCUUUGAGAACCGCGAAGAUGAAUGCCGCAGCUAGGAAUGCGAUGAAGGCUUAUUCCGUGUUGCUGCCUUUGUUUUUCGAUUUACUUGGGUUCUGGAAGAAUAGAGCACAAGCUCAUGCCUCAGUUUCUGACCCUACAGCUCCAUUCAGAAUCGUGGAGCUUAGUGGUCUUGCGUCUCAGCAGAAGAAUGAUUGUGGGGCAUAUGUUGCUGCCUUUGCUGAAUUCUUUAUACACGGAAAGGAUGUCCCUGCAGACUUUGACAUCGAAGUUUAUCGUACCCGACUUGCUUCACUUUUCUACUCGUACGGACAAAGGAAAAUUGACGAAAGUAUUGACAGCGAGGAUGAGAAGCAAACCAAGUCUUCUAAGGCAUCUAAAUUGAAGAAAUAA